CUGCAUGUGUGCCGAAUUACAUGUGUUGUAACAUUCCUUCAGUGCUGGUUUUAAUGUCAGUGAGUUCAUUUCUGGGUUGGGCCCCAGUGAAUCCUAGGAACGCCUCUGGAAAGAAAACCUAAAACACGUGUAAAGGUGCGGAAGGUUGAGGGAGACGGACAGCGGCCGGCCUGUGAGCUUUAUUAUUUAUUUAUGUAUUUUUUGCUCAGACUCCAGAUUAUUGCGUGACUGAGAGUGCGCGCGCCCCGCACCUCUCCCUCCCUCUCCUCUGUUUCUCAGCAGCAGACACGCAUCCAUGGAGCGCUCCCGCAGCCGCCCGCAGCCUCACCGCCUCGGAAACCAGAUUCUAACGUGACAUUAGGAGACAACCCGGCUCUCUAAAACAGGAGCUCAGUUCGGUUCGGCCCGCUUUGCCUCACAGAACCUCCCCGGUAUCACUCCCCAACUUUUUACCCCCCUCUCCUUCACUUCGGGGGGCAGAAAGCUGCUUCCCUGGAAUUACCGGAGCUCCUGCUUCAUCCCUGCUCUGGUUCUGUGGCGGCUUCAGGAGGCAGGAGGAAGGGGUUGGGGGAUCCGUAUGGAUGAGGCAGCCGAACAGGAGAUGUCUCCGCCGGGUAUCCGGCGCCGGGAUGGAGCGACGCCGAACCGGAGGAGGGUGAAGGCGAGACGGAAAAGGCGAAAGGAGCUGGUUUUGAUCCAGAUCUGCUUGUUCGGAGGAUUCCUGCUGGCAGCGAAGGGCUUGUCAUGCUUCCAGGAAAAUCCAGAUUUUCCCGCCUCGGCUGAGGACCAGGAGAGACGCGUUGGACGGAAGCUGCUGCAGGAGACGUCCAACAGCAGCCUGGAGGAAGAGGAGAUGGAUGAAGAGCAGAAGAACUGCACCGCUCCAGCUCUACACGAGUUUCCAACCGACUUCUUCACAAACAAGGAGAGAACUGAAGGAGCCGUGGCUCUGCACGUGCUCUGCACCGUCUACAUGUUCUGCGCUCUGGCGCUGGUCUGCGAUGACUACUUCGUCCCUUCCCUGGAGAAGAUCUGUGAGCGCCUCCAUCUGAGCGAGGACGUGGCGGGAGCGACCUUCAUGGCAGCUGGCAGCUCGGCUCCAGAGCUCUUCACCUCUAUAAUCGGCGUGUUCAUCACCAAAGGAGACGUCGGGGUCGGCACCAUCGUGGGCUCCGCCGUCUUCAACAUCCUGUGCAUCAUCGGCGUGUGUGGCUUCUUCGCUGGCCAGGCUGUGAAGCUGUCUCACUGGGCUCUGCUCAGAGAUUCCAUCUAUUACACAUUUUCCAUCAUAGCACUGAUUGUGUUCAUCUAUGAUGAGAAGGUGUGCUGGUGGGAAUCUCUUGUUCUGGUCCUCAUGUAUGCCGUCUACAUCCUCAUCAUGAAGUUUAACGGAAAGGCUCAUCGGUACUUCAGCCGGAGGAAGAAAGGUUCUGGGAACCUGGCGAACGGGCUGACAGGAAGUACGGAUCUGGAGGACAACGUCUCGUACGACGCAACGGCAGUUCUGCUGAAGAAAGCUAACUUCCACUGUCCGCCGUCGGUGCUGAUGGUGGACGAGCUGCUGUCCGCGUACCCCCACCAGCUGACCUUCUCUGAGGCCGGCAUGAGGAUCAUGAUCACCAGUCACUUCUCCCCCAGGACUCGCCUCACCAUGGCGUCCCGCAUGCUCAUCAACGAGAGACAGAGGCUGAUCAACACCACAGAGACUCGGGUUAACUGCAUCACCAACGGCGACUCGGACUCCGCCACCCGAGGUCUGGGGAGGCGGGGCCUGGAGAACGGGAUGGGCGGAGCUGAGCAGGGCUUCAACGGGAGGCUGCAGCGGCUGGAGUCAGGCAACGAGACGGAAAACGAGGACAACGAAAACAACGAGAACGACGAGGAAGGAGAGGGAGAAGAGGACAACGAAGGGCCGCUGGUGCCAUUUAAAGUCCCAGCGGGUGUCUGUAACAAACUGAAGUGGCUGCUGAUGUGGCCGCUGUCGCUGCUGCUCUUCUUCACCAUCCCAAACUGCGCCAAGCGGGGCUGGGAGCGAUGGUUCAUGGUCUCCUUCUUCACCGCCACCAUCUGGAUCGCUGGCCUCUCCUACAUCAUGGUCUGGAUGGUGACUGUGAUCGGCUUCACUCUCGGCAUUCCUGAUGUCAUCAUGGGAAUCACCUUCCUGGCGGCCGGCACCAGCGUCCCAGACUGCAUGGCCAGCGUGAUCGUGGCCCGCCAAGGUUUGGGAGACAUGGCCAUCUCCAACUCCAUCGGCAGCAACGUGUUCGACAUCCUGGUGGGUCUGGGGCUUCCCUGGGCGCUGCAGACGCUCUGCAUCGACUACGGCUCCAACGUCCAUCUGAACAGCAGAGGACUCAUUUUCUCUGUAGGAAUUUUACUCGCCUCAGUGUUUUUUACAGUCCUCGGCGUCCAUCUGAACAAAUGGACUCUGGACUGGCGGCUGGGCCUGGCCUGCCUCGUCAUGUACGCCAUCUUCCUCUGCUUCUCCGUCCUCAUCGAGUUCAACGUCUUCAUCUUCGUCAACCUCCCCAUGUGCAGAGACAUCCACUGACCCCGCCCUCCCUCUGCCUCUUCCUCCUCAUCCUCCUCUUCGUCAUCGUCUGUUGGCUUGCGGAGGGAGAGAAACUCAACUUGGCUUCCGGUUUGUCGGCGCCUCGGAAACGAGUCCGACCUUUUCUUUGUCUAGGAAACCACAGCUUCGUUUGAAACGUCUUGAGGAAGACGCGGCAGGUUUGGGUUCGCUUCUGGAACCGGAUUGGAUGGCCAAAGAUGGCGCCCCGGCGGCGGCGGAGAUUGUUGCCAGUCGCGAACCAAACAGUUUUGGCUCAACUGAGCAGCAUCAUGGCGGAGAGUUAGGCGAGCAGCUCCUGUUACGCAAGAGAGGAAUCAACUAUUUUUAGCAUUUUUACAAGUUUGGGUUUAAGCACAAAAUUAAGGUAUUUUUAAGUGGAAUAGAGAUUUCUCUGUAUAUAUUUGAGGAUUACAUAGGUACUUAUUUUAGCUGUUGAAACUGAGUCUUUUCUGCACAACCGAAGCAGCAUUUAAGUGAUAUUUGGUGUUGCUUCAACAUGUCCUCCGUUCCGUUGCAUGCUGUUCGCCACAGCUGUCGCUUCGCACUCACAGAGAGAAUCUACAUGUUUAACACUUUUAAUAUAAUGGCUGUUUUCUUCCA